GACGGAACAAGAUCGAAAUGUCUACUAGCAGUACUACCAACGGACGACGAGGCGUUUUAACCGAACAUUUUUAUAAUCGGAGAAAUUUGUAUAACUAUUUAAAUGUGAUGCAAAAUGUAUAAUAUUAAUAAGUUAUAUUUCCUUAAUACGACGAACGUACGUGCAACGUCCGAAGUGAAUCAAACUGCUUUUAAAACAUAAUAAUGUGAAGAAUUUUACUUAUUUUAGUAAUAUUAUCCAAAUAUAAGAUCAAAACGAAAUACAAAAAAUAUUACAAUGAAAGUUUGCAUAUGAUGAUGCGAAUGAAUUACAAAACUAUUUUAUUAACAUUGAUUGUUGCUGUAGCAAGUUCUCUAUUAACAUCAUGGAACAAUUGUGGUUAUCCUUUUUUCCUAAGGCCACCAGAUUGGAAAUAUCAAUUUCAACAUAAGGAAAAAGUGAAUAAUGAACCUGGAUAUCAAGAAAUAGAUUGCUCUAUAAAUGGUGAUUAUUCAAUUGGGUGUCGUAAAGAAGGAGAUGAAGUAUACAUACCAUUUUCAUUCAUUCAUAAAUACUUUGAAAUUUAUGGUAAAUUGGCAACGUACGAUGGAUUAGAAAGAUUUGAGUGGUUACAUAGUUACUCAAAAAUUGUAACCCCCAAGGGUAAAUAUGAUCCUCGAGGAGUAUUCAUGACAUUUGAAAAUUAUAAUGUCGAAGUUAGAGAGAGAGUAAAGUGUGUUAGCGGCAGCGACGGUGUACCAAUAUCCACGCAAUGGGAAAGUCAAGGAUAUUAUUAUCCGACUCAAAUUGCCCAAUUUGGACUGUCGCAUUACAGCAAAAAUUUAACAGAACCUGAACCUUAUAGGAAAUUAAUAGAAGAUUCUGAUAAAGUAAAACAAGAAUGGUCUGUUCCUCAAGGAUGUGUUAUUUCUCGAAUAUAUGACAAACAAGUUAAUAGCUAUGUUAUGAAAUUUGCAACACCUGAGACUAGUACUUCUGGAAUAAGUUUAAAACUGGAUCAUGUAUUAGAUUUGGUAUUAAAAUGGGAUCUAAACAUUAAGGAUAAUGGUAGCAUAACAGUUGCAUUACAAUCUAGAGAAAAAAAAGAUACAUAUUACUUGCAUUACACUGCAAAUAAUGUAAUGUUAUAUACCUAUAAAAAUCAUAUAUAUUAUGGAAUUGGGCAAAUUAAUCAUCAGUGGAGACGUUUUACUAGAGAUUUAGUCAUUGAUUUACAAAAAGGAUUAUAUUUGAAUGAUAAAAGUAAAAAGAAACUUUCAAGAUCUAAAUUAAAGAUCGUUAAAAUAAUGCUUUAUGGUUCUGGAAUGAUUGAUAAUAUUACAUUGUCAACAAGCGAACAUAUGGAACAAUUUUAUGAUGCUGCCAAAUGGUUCGUUGCUAAUCAAAAUAUUACAUCCGGUGGAUGGCCAAAUCCAGUUAGAAGAAAAGUUUCUACUGGUAUGGCUACAUUGGAACCUGGAUGGUAUUCUAGCAUGGGUCAAGGACAUGCUAUUUCGGUAUUGGCACGGGCAUAUUAUCAUUCUCGAGAAGAAAAAUAUUUACAAGCUGCAGUUAGAGGUUUAAGGCCAUUUAAAUUAUCAUCUAGUAAAGGAGGUGUAGCAGCUCUGUUUUUAGGUAAAUACAUUUGGUACGAAGAAUAUCCUACAACACCACCUUCGUUCAUUCUUAAUGGGUUCAUAUACUCUCUCAUUGGACUCUAUGAUUUAAAAAGUAUAGCAACAAGUAAAGAUGCAUAUGAGGCAUCAAGAUUAUUUAAUCAAGGAAUGAUCUCACUUAAAAAUAUGUUGACUUUGUACGAUACCGGGUCGGGUACAACAUAUGACUUACGUCAUUUUACAUUAAAAAUAGCUCCAAAUUUAGCCAGAUGGGAUUAUCAUUCUACACAUGUGAACCAACUUCUUCUUCUUAAUACCAUUGACAACGAUCCACUUUUUACUGCAACUGCAGAGAGAUGGAUCGGGUAUAUGAAUGGUAAAAAAGCUGCACAUAAUUAAUUAUAUUUACAUAUAUUUGUACUUAAAACGACUACAUUGUGUCCUAAUAUCUUUAUUAAUUUUUGAUAUAAUUUCUUUAUUUGUUUAAACUUCACAUUCUUAGCGAUUUUAUUUAAAUAACCGUGGCUAUAAAACGAAAAAUUAUCAGGUACAUGCUGUUCAGUUGUUUUUGUAUGUACAUAUAAAUGUUUUUAUAAAAAUUAUGAGUAGGUCACAUAUGCUUGAUAAUAUACAUCAUUCAUUUAUGAAUCAGUUUUUUAAAGAUAUUUAUAUAUAAUUCAUUUAUAUUAUAGAAAAAAAUAUAGAUUAUUAAAGGAAAAUAAAACAAUAAUUAAUUUUCAAUAGAGGUAAUGAUAAAUGCUAUCAAGUAAACUGGUUGUGUAAAUUAAUUUCUGUGCAAGUAUAAUACAUGUACUUAAGUAGUGAAUUUUAAUUAAAAUGCAAUCAGUUAAUUUCUGCAUGAAAAAAUACUUGUAAUCUUUAAUAUUUAAUAUCAUUAAUAGCAAAUAUCUAUAAGAGCCUUGAGGAGCUGUCAUAUAAUAUAUAAAUUUAUACCGAGAUAUAUAUAUAUAUACAUAUAUUAAAAAUAUAUAUUUUAACACACAUAAAAUAGGUCACCAACAAGCAGAAGAAUUGAAGAUUUUAGUAAGAUAGGACACUUUUUUAAAAAUAUUUUUAUCUCUUUUCAUUUAUCAAAAUGACAUAAUUGGACUAUACGCAAAGUAAAAGUAUUAUGGAUAUCUUAAUAAUUCAUUUAUGUUUAACAAUAUAACUUAUUUGCAUGUUUGCCUUCAUUACUUAAAUGUGCCUCAUAGAAAAGAAAUGUAAUUAUUGUUUAAUUUAAUUUAAUACUUAUUAUUCCAUGCAAAUUUUUUUUUCUAUUAGAAUUAUUAUUUAACAUUCCACAUGUUGAUAAUGUGCAAUUCGAUUUCAAUUAAUUUGUAUAUUUAUAGCUUAUAUUUAAUUAUAAGGAAAAAAUGGUUUGCUAUCAUAUUUAAUAUCUUAUUGCAAAAAUAGAAAUAUGUAGAUAGACAGAUGAAAAAUAUCAAUGCAAUGUUUAGAAAAACAGGGUAGAAAAUAACAUUGGUGAUAGUAGCAUUUAGUGAUUGUAUAUUUUUUUACACUCAAAGCGAUUGUAGUAACUCAGGAAAUAAUUUGCGAAAAUUCUUAAUUACUAUUUUCAUGUAAGUAUAAUGCUAAAUAUACUGGAUCCCUUCAUUGAAAUAUAAAAAUAAUUGAAUGUUCUUUGAAAUAGAAUCUUAAUAUCAUAUAAAUAAGUUAGAUGAUAGAUAUCGCACAAGAGUUAUUCGUAAUAACUAAAUUAAGUAUUGUUAAAUUUCAUACAAAUUGGUUAUAUUUAUUAAGAUUAAAUAAAACACAUCAAUAUACAUUUUCUUAUUAUCAUAAUGUAAAUAUAAACUUUCUGUAGUAUAAUCUAAGACUGUUAUCAUCAAUCAUAUUAUUAAUUAAUUAUUGGAUGCAAUAUAUAUUAUACAUCUUUUGUAUUAUGUAUUUUAUAUAGGCUGUGUAACAUGGACAUGUUUGUAAGGCAUGCUUUAAAAAUAUCUUAUAUAAUCAUUUUAAUCAAACAAAUCCCAUGUUAAAUUAUGAAAGAUAAUAAAAUUUAAAAACUACACAUA